GCUGAGUAACCUCUCCUCUUCCCUGAGCUGCAUGCCCUGCUUGCGCGUAUUUGCUUGUACAUUCUCCCUUUAUUAACACCGAUGGCAGGCGUUGCAGCCAGGCAUGCCUACCGAAGCAGCAAACAAAUACCCUAUGAGUUUACCACACAACUAGAAAACUUACUUGUAAGUAAAAAUUAUAUUUGACCUUCUCUUCGUGUAGAAACAGGUUUAUGACUUUACUCCGUCUCAUCUGAUGCAUUUGUCUUCCUAUCCCCUGCUAGCUUUCAUCCCUUUGACCAAAUUCAGCCAAAUUUAAUAGAAGAGCAGAGCUCUCAAAAAUUCCUGUAGCUUUCAGGAAAAUGAGCAGCCAAGAAGAGAGAAGUCCCACUGGUGUCCCCACCAAGAGGAAGGCUGCAGCGUGACAUCCACCCAAAUUGGACGCUACCUGGGAGGGAGAAAUUAUAAAUGCCUCUCUCCCCAGGAAAAGCUCACAUCCCAUUUAGAUACUAGAGAAUCCAACCCUGAGGAAACAAGGCCUCAUUAGUGUCAUUGCCCGAGGAACUGCUUAAUUAAAGGACAACAGAGUUGAGAACAUUGUUAUGUAGGCCUUUGUUCCUUACACCUGGUCAUUUCCAUUGAUGUAAAAUGUCAUCUUUCUGAUCUAGUAGCAUUUUGCACCCACUUUAGACAAGUAUUCCUGACCGGCCGAGGAGGCACAGAGCAGGGAAGAAUCAGACCAUUAUUACUGAGGUAAUUACAGCCUCACCUAACCAUCAGGCAGAGGGUGUACACCUCUAUUAGCCAGUGCUCCCACAAAGAGAACAAAGGCUGGCUGGAAAGUGGGAGCCACCCAGGGAGCAUCCCUGUGUCCAGCUACACCACUCUCGGGUGGCAGACAUGCCGGGGAGGUCAUGACUGCAAGGUCCCGCAUCGCCCAGUCUCCUGCUUGUUUUCCUGGUUUUAAAUCCAACUUGACUUAGCACAACUGGUGAAGGCCAUGAGAUGGGGAGACUAAAAUGAGGAACGGUACCAUAACUGAGGAAAUCAGCUCUGAGUUAAAAUGCUAAAGGAGGUAGGGGGUAGCUUUCAAAGCUUGUCUCAGCAACUAGCCUAAUUCUGUUUUCAAAAGCCACUGUUGAGUGCUUUUGAAAAUUUUAUCCUAGAUGCUUGGCUCAAAGACCUAACCAAAGACUUUUUUUUUCCUCUAUCUGCUGUACGAAAGCUAAAUAUAAACCGACGUUAUUGAACAAAACCCUAACAAAACCCCUGUUGCAGCUCUAGAAAAAUCUUUACUCAGAAAAUCAAAUUAUUGGAGACCAGCAUCUAAAGUGUCCUUCAGUUUUGGAUGCCUCUUGUUUUGCCUACACAAUUUGACAUACAAAAAAAAAAUGUUUUUUCAACAGCAAAUAUUUGCUUGCCGUUCUUUUUAUCUUCUCCUUUUUGCCUUUUGUUCUCCUGCCCUCAGAAAAUCAGGACGUGAGUGUCUCCGGAUGGGUAGCUAAAGUUGCUUUUGAAAACAUGGAUUAGUCUAUUUUACCCAUACAAGUCUGUGCACAUGUGUGUCUGCUGUUUGUCUGAAGAGUGUCUUAAUGACUUUUCCGCUGAUUGCCUGUGGGACCACAGGCAAGUCAUAAAGCUAGCAUGUGCCUCAGUUUACCCACUGCCACUUCAUUAGUGCUAACCUACCUCACGAGGUGUUGUAAUGUUUAAUAUAUUAUGUGCUCUGUAAUCCUUGGAUUAAAUGUAUUAUGUAAGUGAAAAGCACCCAUUUGAUGUGUAUGUAAAUGCUGCAGUAUUAUAGGUAGGAGGGUCAUUUGGGUGUAAGUAUAAUACAAGCGCUGGCAAAAGGCAAAAGGGAUUCCAUUGUAUUGACUUAUUUUUAAAGAGCUUUUUAUUUACUGAAAUGCUCUGGACACCCAGAAAAAAAGAGACAUUCCUCACUAAGCAGCUCUGCUGUUUCAUCUGUCUUGAAGUGCUUUGAUAAAUGGAUUGAAACUUGUCGGCUUUUCCUGUAGUUUCUGAGACUCCCUCUGGAAACUGUUGAAAUGUUAUUGUAACUUCUUAAAGCGCUACUUAAUGAAUUGUAACAGAUAUCCCUGUGAGUCCUGCAGACACCACGAGGACUGUGCUUCCUCUCCUUCCCGCGGCAGAGGCAAACCAGUGCCACGCAAACACUAGGCAGCAGAGCUCGCGUCCUCUGCCACCAAGAGCAGUUGGUCUCUCGCCAGGGAAAAUACGUCUCACCUUCACCGGGCUUCAGCCCAAGCGUUGUGUCCCGGCUGGGUGACUGGUGGGGCUUCAGUGACAGCGAGCGUGGCCAGAUGUUGUCCUGUGGGUUAGAGAUGAGUUUUAUUUUUUAAGAAGAAACUGUAGGAAAGACAACAAAUUAGCAUGGGCUUAAGUCUGUGUUGGUUGAUUUCCUCUGUCUCUAGAAGGAGUUAUUUUGGCUUGCAUGCAGUGCCUGAGCUAGCCUGAAGCUCAGACUGGUGACUUGGGUGCCUACGACAGUCUGAACUCGCGCUGCCCACAGGUCCCACCUGCCUUUUCUCAGACAACAUUUACAUGAUGUUUCCACGUGGGCAGUUGAGAUGGCUGGCGCGGUAAGCACGGCACCUCUGCUGAAGCACAGGAAUGACCCAGCAGGGCCAUUAGAUCUGCCUGAGGAAAUCUGCUGAAGGGGUGGUUAGAGGUGCCUGACAGGGCUGCGUGUGUAGCGGCGCUGCAGUGCGGCGAGAGGGUCAGCCAUCCUGGGGUCACCUUGGACGCCAGUAGCGGCCUACCCUAUUGCACUCCAGAGUGGCGCAACGGCAUGCCAUGGUGACUUCUUAUUUCCUACCUCCAACCUAUUCAAAGGAAUCUUGCUCCUCCUCUGCUAUCUCUGAAGCAGAGGGGUUGUGACCAGUGAUAUGCUUGGUUGGGUGGCUUGGUUGUGCUGGGUAGGCUCAAAGACCCUCGUCCUGAUGCAACGGUCACUUGAAAGUUUAAAAGUUUUUUUGUGUGUUUGGGGUUGUUUUUUUAAACUUCUCACUGGGUUUCAGUUGUUCUUGUUUUUGUAAGGAUAUGAAACUGAGCUAUUGCUACUCAGGUUGCCAUGAGGUGCGAAAUGGCUAAUCGCACAACCCCAGCAGCAUUAACAGCUGUGCCCCUUGUCCUGCGUGGUACGGUGGACAGGCGCCUGCAGUAGGUAGUGCUGGCCAUCUCCAGCUUGAAAAAUAAGAGCAUGCCUUCCCCUUGCCUCCAGAUAUGAACUUGGGCCAUCCUGAGUGAGGUAUGCAGGAAGGCAGGAGGAGAAUUUUGGAGGAGCUCCUGGUCAGUGUGGUGUUGGAGCAGAACUAUGAAGCAGCUGGGUAUGGGUCACCUCUCCACAGUGAGGCCUCAGAGGUGCCUCCGUUAUCCUUGGCACACUGAGGCCAUGUUUGAUUUUUGCAGCCUGUUAUUUCACUUUUUAUUAACAUUUUGCAUAUUAAAAUUUGUGUAGGCAGCCAGAAGAGAGCAGCAUCUACACAAUACUCGACACAACAGAGAGGAUUAGGAAACAGUGGCUCAGUUCUUUGGGACCUGGACUGGGGAGUGGGGGUGGUAAAUUGUCCUUUCUUCACACUUGGUUUUAAAUGUACUUCUAAUUUCAUUCUGUGUCUUGUCACUAAAAUAUGAUCUAUGCCCAAUACUGAUCUGUGGUCUCAGCCGAUAGUUUCAAAAAAUUAAAUAAAACCAUGUCUUUUUGCUGAUUCGUUCACAUUUGCUUUUAAAGUUUCUUCUCUCUUCUCAACCAGCCCAAACAUAUUAGUGUGCGUACCCAGUUGCAGUGAUGCCAAAAUAGGAAAUUAUUUUCAAAAUAACGACUAGUGAUUUGGGAUUUUUCUGGUGUUUCAGCUUCCCUUACAUGAAAUUCCUCCAAUAUUUUCAUUCACAGUAGGGACGCUGUGGAAAUGAAACCUACUAAAGUUGCCUCUGUUUAUUCCUCCCGAAGUGAAAUUAUCCAUGUCCUCUUGUCCCUCGUGAGAUCCUGGAGGAAACUGUCUGUGUGCACACAUUGACACAUCUUUGGUGCAUUCCACACAAGCCAGUGAAAUUACACCAGAAAUAUGAAUUUAGCCCACACAGCGUGUGCGCACUGUGCUGUCUGUACAGGGUACGCACACACGCCCCAGCCAACACUCCCAUUUAAAUUUCAGAAUAAGCCCUUCAAGACACUGCUGUGUGAUUCACUUCAUGACUGUGCACGGUAUACAUUCCUCAAAAAUGAAUGGGUAUUCUGUGAAUUUUACUGCUUUGCAAAAAUAUUUGACGUGGGUUUGGUUGUUUUUAAUAUUGAGGUUUUUGAUAUCUCAGUAAUUGUCAUCAUUACUGCAUGUAAUAGAAAUUAGAAGGAAGCCUGGGUUUUGGCUUUGAAGCUACCUACCUUUUUUAAAGUUUUCUUUUUAAGGUGAUUCUUCAUGCCCUAGCUAAACUUCCCCCGGAUUACAUGUUAGCUAUGAUAGCUGUUCUAUAGGUAGAUUUUAAUCAGCCUCAGUACACAGUAAUGUUAAACACUGAAAGAGCUGCUAAUUAAUCGCCUUUCUGUAUGUAACAGAGAGAUAAAUAUCCAUCCCAGAGGAAUUGUAAUUUCAUGGUUUCUAAUGAUGGUUAGAUUACAUUAUCUGGAUCACUUAGGCUGUGGGUGUCAUAAAAAAUGCUCAAAGUCAUUUAUAUUCAGUUUAAUAUUUUUUUUAACUUUGUAAGCCUGAGAAAAUAAUGCAGUGUUAGCAAGUCUGUUUCAUAUUUUAGUUAAAUAUACCUUUGUUGCACUGACUGAAUGGAUUCAGAUGACAGUGACAAACUCAGUUCUUUUCUAUUUAACAUGCACCCUCUGCAAUCAAAUUAACAAUAUAGAAAUCUUCACUGGGCUUCUGCAGAAGUGUCUGUUGAGUUCCUCAGUGUGGUUGAGCUUUGGGGAAAGGUGGUUUUUUUGGGAUAUCCAUUUACAAUGAGUGUUGUCUGCGAUUUCUUGUACAUUCAGUAAAGCCUCAGAUACCUGUCUUGAACCAAGAGUUAACUGGACUUUUGGGUUGUACAAGGCUGUGGUGCAAAUAAAAUAAUGCAAUCCAA